AAGCAGAACCUUAAGUUGACUUGUGAAAGCGGGAAAUGAAAAAUUUCCAUGAGAGUUAGGUUCCCAUAGCGGUUUAAAAUUCCAGCAGUAGCACCCACGAAAUUGCCGUAAGUUUCACUAAAUAACUCAUUGACGCACCCACUCACACCACAACAACUAACUCUCUUCUUUCUUCCAUGAUGACGACGACGACAACAACGUUGGAGAUAUGUGUUGUGUCCGCCGAAGGUCUGAAGCAACAGUCCUCCUCCUAUUUCAGCUGCAUCAGACCCUUCAUCACUCUCACCAAGCUCCCAGCGCACAUGGUCUACCACCACUACGACGAAGGAGGAACAGGGGAGCAGGUGUUCCGCGUCCCAGUGGAUCCCACCUUCUUUUCCGACACAUAUUCCCGCCUACACCUCCAACUCUACAACAAGCGGCGCUUUGCGGGGCUCACGCAACUCGGUUCGUGUCUGAUUCCGCCCUCUGACAUUGCCCUCCAACCUUAUCAUUCCGUACGCUACCUCAGCUACCGGCUACGGGCAAAAGACGGUUCCAGGACCCACCUCACCGUCAACCUUUCCAUCCGGUUGCACGGAUCACCGGAUCUCGACACGUGUCAACCUGUCAUUGGGAUACCCGUCACCGCGGUUCGCAAAUUUCGCAACGCUCAUUCCAGUUCGGGCAGCACAAGCUCCAAGAUGGAGACGGAAUUUCAAUUUUAAAAUAAUAAAAAUGUUUUGGAAAUUUGUUUUUGUUGUGGAUGUCAAUAUCAAUGUCAAUGAAUCCUAUCUGCCAACUUGGCUUAAAUCCAGUGGGCUGUGGAAAGGUAUGCUUAAUUCCCCGUAUCGAUCCGGAAGUUGUACUUCAAAUUAACUAGUAAGAUUGGUGUGCCUUGUAAUUAUUGUUCACUUCCUAUAAAGUGUAUUAUAAGUAUUUUAACAAUAUAUCUUUUAUUAGUAA